CUUUUGACAUCUUGAAACAUUUCGGUAACUGCGAACCGAACGUGGUGUUGACAUCGUUCGGUAUCCACGAACCGAAUGUAGUGUUGCGUCGGUGGAUAUUAACCGAAGGAUAGAUUCGGUUGAUAUUAACCGAAGUUGUCUUACAUAUGAACAAUUUCAGUAAGUUCGUUUUAUUUUGAAAAACAAACCACAAAACUCCUCUCUUCCUUUCUUCUACACAUUUGCGGCCAACUUCAACAUCCAACUUCAAAUCACAUUUCAUCAAAUAUGGAAGAAAAUCUACCUAGGGGUAGGCAUGGAAAGGCAAUCAAUGCACAUGCUUCCGCUCGUAGAGAGCUUGCUGCAAAUCAUCCGUCCAAACGAGGUCGUCGCAAAGGACCAACUCCGGGGCAAGGUACACAUGAUGCCGAGGCGGGUGGGUCGCAUACACGUGGACGGACACGUCUAGGACAAUCAUUGGUGGUGCAAGAUGAAUUUGAUGCCGACCAAUUUUUAAAUGCGUGUUUUGAUUAUGAUGAUCUUGGAUCACCACAAGUCUCACCACAAGUCUCACCGCAACACUCACCGCAAGAUGAACCGCAAGACCCACCGCAACAACCACCUCGACAACAACGGCGCAAACCAGUACGCCGAAAACCACCAAAGUGUUCACGUAAUGAUGAUGAAGUAGGUUUUGGAGGAGGACCGACGGAUUUGUCCUUGUUAACGGAGUACGAUAAGCAUAUGGCUAUUCCGAUAUGGUAUGCAGACCCAAAUGACAAAGAGGAAUCAUGACGGACGACAAAGUUGGCCGAACAAGACGUGGCGGUGCAAGCAAAGCACAUAGCUCUGCACGUAGACAGGCUGCGGUCAAUGUAGAUAAAAUUCCAAGUCGAGCUAAAGGGAAAGCAGUUUCAACCACGAUGGAUGAGCCUCGACCGGAGGAUGCAGAAUCGCAAGAGGAGAAUGAAGACGUGGAAGAAAAUAUUUCUGAAGAAGGGGAAGAGGAAGGGGAGGAAGGAGUGGAUGAGGAAGCGGAGG